UCAUGCAUCACCUGCACGCGCUACAAUGAAAGUGCGGUGAAAGACAUUCGCUUAGAUGGUGUCUAGUAGAGUAGAUAUGCUACUUACAGUACACAUGUGUGUAAGAUUUAGAAAUUGUAUAACCCCGUUCAAACUAAAUAGUAAAUUCCUUUAUUGCGUCUAAUUUGCAAAUGACUACUAAGACUAAAUGCAGAAUAGAUAACUGGGAGCAUUCUCUCUGAAAGGUAAGCAACCAGUCUAGUUAGAGGUAGCCUAUUCCAUGGAGCUACCCAACGCUGUCGUGGAUAUGAAUACCCUGUGGACAAUAUAAUCGAUCAAUAUGGGAUUCUUUAAGGCGGGACACGGUAGAAAUUAAUCUGUACCACGGCACAUUCCCGACAGCAAACGACGAUAAGACCUAAGAGGCACUCCCUGGCUGUCUGGCGCGUGUAGAGAUGCGCGUGGGGGGAUGCCCGGUGAUUUCCUACCGCUGUAGAAUCCUAAUGUGCUCCACGCUGCGUUAUUACCUCUGCUGCGGCUCGCGAACCGCCUGUCAGGUUACCGGCGUCGAGCCUCACACUACAGGCACGGGACGAAACUGCGCGUUCAGCCGGAGGUUUCUGCUUUUAAUUGCUCCCGUUCCUUCGUUUUCUUCUAGAAGGCAUAAACUACCGUGGAACUGAAUGUUUUAUGAAGAAUACGUGUUCCGGAGCUUUGUUUUUUUUUUCUUUUAGCUUUUCUCGCUUUUCAUAUUCUUGUUUCAUCAAGUGAGAUUGAGGGCGAAGUAGAGAAGAGGAUAGCAUGGGCGAAACCCUGGGGUUUUGUCUGUAAUUCGAAAUGGACCCGGUCUUGUCACGGCGAGGCAAAGACGAUGAGGCCGGGCCGGGCGAGCCGGGGCGGGGUCCAGUGAGGAUGAGCGUGCGUCUCCUGUGGGACGACCCGCUGCACCUCACCUGGACGAUGGAGGCGGAGCCCUUCACCUCCACGCUGCUGCGGUCGGGGGGCCCCGUGCUCGACCCCGGCAUGACCCUGGAGCAGAAGACCACCUUCGUCUUCGUCAUCUUCCUCUUCAUCUUCCUGGGCAUCCUGAUCAUCCGCUGCUUCCGCAUCCUGCUGGACCCCUACCGCAGCAUGCCCACCUCCACCUGGGGCGACGGCCUGGACGGCCUGGAGAAGGGCCAGUUCGACUACGCCCUGGCGUAGAGAAGGGGCCGCCCCCGUGGGGGGCCCCCAGUUUCUGGCGGGAGUCUCCGCCUCCUCCCUGUCGCCGUCAACGCAGAGCGCUCGGAAACAUGAGCAUCAGACAGCGCCCGCUAUGUGACUGACCCGCUGUCCUUUCCUUUGACCGCUCACGGAAAAGAUCGGAUUUCUUGCGUAGGGUAGUACUGCAGCUUAUCCACGUACGCUGUGACCGAACCACCCUGCUGAGGUAGGAACCGCGAGGUUCGCCCACAGUUACAUCCUAAAUGUCCCCGGUCACAUACCGCUUCGUGUGACAUUGAACCGUUCCUCUAAUAAAUCACAGUUGCGCGCGCUCUCCGCUGAAGGUGAAGAGACAUUGAUGAACGGCAGAACUGCAAAGGACGUUUGGUUAACAUCCACCCGGUCCCAUUAGGACUAGGCCCCAGUGGCCGUAAAUUACAAAUCAAGUUUGGUUACCCUGCGCGGAUUGGCCUGAUCAAUCACAAUUGGUGUUGCUCUGUGUUUCUAAUUUUUCCAUUGGCAAGAGAGUGAAAUGUCUUGAAUCCACGGGGGGCCAAUCAGGGUAUUAAACGGAUGGAGCUUCCAUAACGAACUACAGCAAAUGCUGUCCACUCCGUGCUCUGUUUUGCAUUUUGUGCAUUCAAUCAUACUUAGAGGUUUGUCUGAAGGUAGGGAUUCGGCUUGCGAUCGUGGUAAGUGAUGCCGUUACUUUAUCUGCUUGUCCAAAAAUUUGCCCCCACAAAUCAAUAUUUGGACAAACAGUGGAAUGAUGAGUAAUUUCAUCUCCUUCGGACUUUGAAGCGUACGCCCCGCCCUGUGCCAGGAACACCAUUUAAUCCCUUGAAGCCUGUCAUUAAAACUAUAUUAGUUUACACACACCUUUCUCUUUAUCUUUUUUUUUUCAAAGCAGAGAACCAUUAGCGUAUUUUCACAUUACGUAUUUUCUUCUAGCAGAGCAAAAGUAAAUAACUCUCAUUGGUCGAGGAGAGGAAGAAGAGCUUACAGCAGACUCGUGUUAAGAUUAACACUUUAUCAUAAUAAAAGGCUGCAAGGUUGGCAAUAAGACUAGUCUUUUAAAAUUGGAAUCGUGACUAAAGGUGUCGGCACCACUGGCGUCCUGACAUCUGGGGAAAUGUGCUUUGCUUGCAUUCACCUCAGAAACGUGGGGGAGAACACCUGUACUCCCUGCAGUAUUAGCUGUCAUGACUGGGUGACUGGCAGGUAUUGAAUCUGCAGUCAGAGCUCGUUGAAGUCGGGCCUCUUAAGCGAACAUCUGCCUUCAUUAAACAGCAGCGCACUUCAGACACAUUGUACACGAUCAAUUUAAAAAGGGAAGGAAAUCUCAUUA